AUAAAAUAUAUAUAUUUAAAAGGGCACCUGGCUGGCUCAGUCAGUGGAGCAUGGGACCCUUGAUCUCCAGGUCAUAAGUUCGAGCCCCACGUUGGGUGUAGAGCUUACUUGAAAAAGAAAAAUACAAAUCAAAAAUAACAUCACUUCUUUCGGGAUCCCUCCUCCCCUACACAGGCCAAAGGAGUCCAAGGCAGUCUUCAAUCAUAGCCCUGAGCAUGCCACAUGACAUGACCUGUUCUGAGUUCCAUGGACCAAAGAUUGUUAGUUGUUCAUCACUGCAUUCCCCGGUACCCAGCACUUGGCACUUAGCAAGCACUCAAUAAAGAUCAUGUUCUUUUAUAUGAAUAACUGAACUGAGUGGCAUCUGGUUAUGAGGAGGAACUUCCUAACCAUCAUGGUUGGAUAAUAACAGGAAUGGGAAGCACUGGGAGAUAAUGAGUUUCCUGUUACUGAAUGUGUGCAACCAGGAACUUAAUGAUCAUCGCUAGGGGCAGUUUUAGGGAGAUAUUAUACAGAACCCAGGAUAAUGGAGAGAAUAUAAGACAUCAGGAGAACUAGUUCUCGUCCUGUUUGUAUGACCCAAGGCAGGUCCCUUCCUCUCACUGAGCUGCAAACUUCCCAUGUGUAAAACAGAAGUACCAGACCAGAUUUCUGACAACCCAUGGUUUUGUCUUUUAUACCCAGACUUGUGAGACAUAUGCCAAAAUACAAGUUAAUAUUCUUGUUUGCUGUUCAGUAAAUGAGUGAGUGUUGAAUAAACUAAGGAAUGAAGUGUGUCUUUUUUGCCCCAAUGUCCUGCGCUAAGUGGGACAAUGAAAUUGUCAAUUGAAAAUUAGCUAGAGCCUUGAAAUUACAUGGGACUUGGCCAUAAAUCCCAGCUCCCCUAUUUCCUUGCUCCGGAUUUUGGGAAAGUCAAUUUGCCUCUUCAUCCUGAAAAAGGACCAUGGUUAUCCAAUAGUAGCUCCCUCCCCAAGAUGUGUGAGAUGUCACCCUAUGUAAAGUGCCUAGAAGAGGGUGUAGGACGCAGUCAAACCUCAAAAACUGAGAGCCCUGCCUCUUCUGCACAUAGUGGAGCAGGGAGUGUGUUGUGUUUUCCAUUCAAAGCUACUUUCCCCCACCUGUCUCUCCUGUGCCAUUCAAAAAGGGUAGUAGGAAGGAUUGUCAGAGAGAUUUUAUUUGUUCAGUUGUAUAACAAACAAUAUCUGCCCUGCUAGGGACUGAUCACGAGGCCUUUUGACAGGAAGUGACAAUUAAUUCUUUCUGACCUACUCCUGCCCUCCCGAUAAAAGGUAAAACACAGCCCUUCAGGGAAGUUGCUGAGAUUACCAGGCCUUCUGUAUCGGAAAAGAACAGAAUGAGGAACUCAUAGCUGCAAGUCCCCACACUCAGAAACCUCUGGCGAGCUGUGUGACUCUGGGCAAAUAACUCUGCCUUUCUGGAUCUCACUUCCCCGUUUAUUACUUCCUAUGUGUGAGGCUCAGAUGAGAUUUGCAGAACCUGUGAACACUGUAGAAACAAUAAUCGCUACGUGACUGAUGGAUAUGUCAGCCCCAGGUCUGCGCCAGGCACUGGAUCAGGGUCCUUCCAAGAACUAAUUACAAAAUUAGUACUAGUUUGAAAUGUUCCUGUUUCACACAGGAGAAAACCUAGGUUCGAAGUCAGACUCCAACUCGGAUAGCACGUCUUCCCUCGGCCUCAAUUUUUUUCACCGGAGUGAUGGGCCUCCCGCUGUCGCCUGACUUUGGAAAGUUGGGAGUGCUGGAUGGAUGGAGACUGUGGGAUAGACUGGGGCCCGCCGGGGCAGGCCGGGUCUUCGGGAUGGGUGGGAGGAUUCAGAGGCUGGGAGCCCCUGCGGAUUGGGUACGAUCCCGCAGGAGGGCUGGGGUUCGCCCAGGCCUACCCAGGAUUCCCAAGUCCCUCCCGGAGCGGAGGGCCCGGGAUUCCCGGGAGGCUCCGGGGAGCGGGCGGGGCCGGGGGCGGGGCGGGGCGGCGGCAGGAAGCGGCCGGAGCGGCGCUGGGAGCGGCCUGGGCCCGGCGAAGCCCGCCGGCCUCGGGUGCCAUGGCCUCGCGGCUCCUGCACCGGCUGCGGCACGCCCUGGCCGGCGACAACCCGGGGGAGGCGGCGGCCGGCCCGGAGGCCGAGCAGUUCCCAGAGAGCUCGGAGCUGGAGGACGACGACGCCGAGGGCCUGUCCUCCCGCCUCAGCGGCACCCUCAGCUUCACCAGCGCCGAGGACGAAGAGGACGAGGACGACGAGGACGACGGGGAGGUUGGCCCCGACCCCCUGCCCUCCGGGGACGGGGCAUCGGGAGAAGAUGCAGAACGGAGCCCCCCACCUGAUGGGCAGCGGGGCAGUCAGCCCCUGGCAAGGCAGUUGCAGGAUUUCUGGAAGAAGUCCCGGAACACCUUGGUGCCCCAGCGGCUGCUCUUCGAGGUGACCAGCGCCAACGUGGUCAAGGACCCACCCUCCAAGUACGUGCUCUACACCCUCGCCGUGAUGGGUCCAGGGCCACCUAGUCGCCAGCCGGCCCAGAUCUCUCGCCGCUACUCGGACUUUGAGCGGUUGCACCGAAACCUGCAGCGACAGUUCCGGGGCCCCAUGGCUGCCAUCUCAUUCCCCCGGAAGCGCCUGCGCCGGAACUUUACCGCAGAGACCAUUGCCCGCCGCAGCCGGGCCUUCGAGCAGUUUCUGAGCCACCUGCAGGCAGUGCCUGAGCUGCGCCAGGCCCCAGACCUGCAGGACUUCUUUGUGCUGCCUGAGCUGCGGCGGGCACAAAGCCUCACCUGCACCGGCCUCUAUCACGAGGCUCUCGCACUCUGGGCCAACGCCUGGCAGCUGCAAACCCAGCUGGGCACCCCCUUGGGCCCUGACCGCCCUCUGCUGACCCUGGCUGGGCUGGCCGUGUGCCACCAGGAGCUGGAGAACCCUGGGGAGGCCCGGGCGUGCUGCGAGAGAGCCUUGCAACUGCUGGGGGACAAGAACCCCCACCCUCUGUUGGCACCCUUUCUGGAGGCCCAUGUGCGGCUCUCCUGGCGCCUUGGCCUGGACAAGCGCCAAUCUGAGGCCCGGCUCCAGGCCCUGCAGGAGGCGGGCCUGACCCCCACACCACCCCCCAGUCUCAAAGAAUUGCUCAUCAAGGAAGUACUGGACUGACCUUGCCUAGACUUCAGGCAACUGCGAGGAGAGGCACUGCCCAAGGACAGGGGGCUGGCGGGCAGUGAGGAUGGCAGCUGGGAAGCUGGGGGUGGGGUGCUGGGAACCCCUAGAAGUCCUAUGGAGAAUCUAUAGUAGACCAAGGAAACUUGUUCUUUCUGUUGAGCUGGACUCAGGACAAGCUUCAGCUGGGGUUGCCCUGGGAUGGUGCAGGGAGGAAGUCUGCUGCAGCUCAUGAACACCUGGGGACUAGGCCCCAGGGUAGGUCAGUGUUCCCUCUUCCUUGGCCAGAGGGCCAGGGAUUCUGCCUCCAGAGUCCUGGAGUAGGGCUGCGGUCUGGCCCGGGGGAAUUAAAGGCCGGCAGCUCCA